AUGACAAACGAAAGCUACAAAUUCGAGCAGUGCCGCAUCAAUCAGCUGCACGAGGAGCGGCUGUACAUUCAGAAGAAGACCUUCACAAAAUGGAUGAACUCAUUUCUUCAAAAGGCCAAGAUGGAGGUGGACGACAUUUUCGUCGACCUGGCCGACGGCAAGAAGCUGCUGAAGCUGCUGGAGAUUAUCAGCGGCGAGAAGCUCGGCAAGCCAAACAACGGCAAGAUGCGUGUGCACAAGAUUGAAAACCUCAACAAGUGUCUCGCCUUUCUCCACACCAAAGUCAAACUGGAGAGCAUCGGCGCCGAGGACGUCGUGGACGGCAACAAAACCCUCAUUCUCGGCCUCCUCUGGACCAUCAUCCUGCGCUUUCAGAUUCAGGACAUUGAGAUUGAGCUGGAGGACGAGACGGACCGGAAGGUGCACUCCUCGAAGGAGGCGCUGCUGCUGUGGUGCCAGCGGAAGACGCACGGCUACCCCAAUGUGCGCAUCGCCGACUUCACGCAGUCCUGGCGAAACGGCAUGGCCUUCAACGCGCUCAUUCACUCGCAGCGCCCCGACCUGAUCAACUACGGCGCCCUCAACCCGAACGCCCACCUCGAGAACCUGAACAGCGCCUUUGAGAUUGCCCAGCGUCACCUGGCGAUUCAGCCGCUGCUCGACGCGGAGGACGUCGACGUGCCAAAGCCCGACGAGCGGUCCAUCCUCACCUACGUCAGCAGCUUCUACCACACUUUUGCGAAGUACAACAGCGAGAUUAUCAGCGGCAAGCGCAUCACCAACAUCAUCUCGCAGCUGAUGGAGAUUGACCGCUGUCAGCUCAACUACGAGCUCUUCACCACCAACCUCCUCAAUUGGAUUCAGAUGAAGAUCUUCGCCCUGAACAGCCGCGACUUUCCCAACAGCCUGGAGGGCAUUCACCAGGAGACGAUUCAGUUUAAGGAGUACCGGACGGUGGAGAAGCCUCCGAAGUACAAAGAGCGCAGCGAAAUUGAGGCGAUGCUCUUCAGCGUGCAGACGAAGAUGAAGGCGCUGGGGCAGGCGCCUUACAGUCCACCCGAGGGAAAGCUGGUGCAGGACAUUUCGCGGGCGUGGAUCAAUUUAGAAAAAGCUGAGCACAAGCGCGAGCUGGCGCUGCGAGAGGAGGCAAUUCGGCUGGAAAAGCUGAACAAUCUGGCGCAGAGCUUUCACCGAAAGAGCGAGAUUCGAAAGGGCUACCUCAGCGAUAUGAUUGCCGUGCUCAGCGAUCCUCGAUAUGGAGUCAAUCUGAGUCAGGUGGAGGCGACGGUGAAGAAGCACGAGGCCAUUUGCGUGGACAUCACCUCGAGAGGGGAGCGCAUUGAGGCGCUCUCGGCGAUGGUCGCCGAGCUGGCCGCCGGAAACUAUCACGGCCUGGAGGCGGUCCGGCGCAUUGAGGCGGAGAUUAAGGCAAUGUGGGAACGAAUGUUGGCGCUGCUGCAAGCUCACCAGAGCAGCCUGGCGGCGGCCAGCGCCUUUAUGGCCUCCAUCAAGGAGAUUGGCACUGUGGAGAGCGAGCUGAGGGAGCUGAAGGGACGGCUCGGCCUGGACGCCCACCUGAAGGCGGUCGGUCACCUGCGAGCGGUGGAGCAGUGUCUGCAGACGCAGGCACUGAUGGAGGCGCAGAUUGCCUCCCACGGAGAUACGGUCAAGCGGCUGACGGCCACUGCCACUCGGCUGAUGGGCGGCGAAGGCGGCAAGGCGAAAACACCCGCUUCAAACAAUCAGCUGAUUGAGAAGGAGCUGCCCAUGCUGCGUUCGGGCAUUGACUCGCUGAAGCGCACCUACGCCGAGCUGAAGGAGCUGGCGGCGGCGAAGAGGGAGCAGCUGACCAAGCUGCGCAACUUCUACCAACUGCUGCAGGACGUCGAGGAGGAGGACGCCGCCCUCUCGGAGAAGCAGAACAUCUGCCAGGCGAUCCUCCCCGGCAAGGACCUCCUCGGCAUGCUCUCCCUCCAGCAGAAGCACAAUGCCUUUGAGGCGGAGGCGAGGGCACACGAGAGUCGCGUUCGGCAGAUUGAGAAGCGCUGCAGGGCGUUCAUUGAUGCAGCAGAAGGAGGUGGAGGUGAUCACUCGGAGAAGGUUUUGGUCGAGGAGAAGCUGACUGCCCUUCUGGCCAAGUGGACGCAGCUGCUUGAGGCAACUCGGCAAAAGUCAAAGGAGCUCGCCGACGCCAUGGAGGCCUUCCAGUACCAUGCGGACGCCAAUGAAGCGGAGUCUUGGCUACGGGAGCGAAUGCAGCUGGCCCGCUCCGAGGACUACGGCGACUCUGAGCAGUCGGCGGCGUCGUUGCUGCAGCGCCAUUCGCGCCUCGAAAACGAGGUCACCGCCUACAGCCACGACAUUGAGCGACUGAACGCUCAGUCAGAGCGGAUGAUCGCCUCGGGCGUGGAGAACCUCUUUCUCUUCUGCGAGGACCCCUUCCUCGCCUCCGCCUACCUCACUGGCGAGACGAACAUUGACGAGGACAUUGCCGAGGAGGCGGCGGUGCCGACGGUGGUCUACGAGGAGAUUGAAAUUCCGCAGGUGCAGGUGCUCUACAACUACAAGGGCAACAACGACUACUCGGUGAAGAAGGGCGAGGUGCUGCUGCUGCUCGACCAGACCACCCCGGAGUGGUGGAGCGUCCGGCGAGAGGCGGAUCCGCCCGCCCUGAAGGGCUUCGUCCCCGCCAACUACGUCAAAGUGGUGGCGCCCAAGCGAAGUCGAAUUGCCAGGCAGAAGAAGCCAACUGCUGAGGAGACGGCGGCGGAGAAGGCGAAAAGCCUCGCCAAGAAGAAGGCCUACAACCGGCGACACAGCAAACGCCGCCUCUCCAUCGUCAGCAGCGGCACGGAGACGGUGAAGCAGCGCAAGGAGCGCAUCAACGGCGAAUACCGAGAUUUGGUUGAGGCCUGUCAAAAUAGGCGCGAGUCGCUGGAGGAGUCGGCAAAGUUGUUUCGCUUCAAUCGCGAGUGUGACACCCUCGAAGAGUGGAUCGUCGCAUUUGAGGGGUCGUUGCGCGAGGCGAAUGGCGUCUACCACGAUGAGAAGAAGAGGAAGCAGCAGGACGGCAGCCAGCAGUCGGCCAGUCAGCAGAUGAGCGCCCAGUUUGAGAAGUUCAUCACCGACCUGCUCGCCAACCGCUCCCGCCUCGAGGAGAUUGACAAGCUGGCGGCGGAGGUUCGUCUGCCUGCUUACCUCCCGACGGUUCGACGGCGCCAGGAGGCGCUCCACAAAAAGUGGGACAACCUGACCUUCCUGCAGAAGCAGCUCGGCAAGAACAUCGAGGGCCUCAGCACGGUGGAGGUCUUCAAUGCGGCCUGCGACGAGGCGGCGGAGCGCAUCGCCGACAAGCUGGAGAAGAUCAACAACGCCCAGGACAUGCUUGUUCUCGGCCACGACCUGAAGACGGUGCAGGCGCUCCAGCGUCGCCACGAGAACAUUGAACGGGAGCUAGUGCCGAUUGAGGACAGCCUGAAGCGGAUCAUGAUGCUCUCGGAGAAUGUCAGCUCCUCGUAUCCGCUGCAGCGUGAGCACGUUCAGGGCCGCCUGCGCGAGCUGAACCGCCUCUGGGAGGAGCUGAAGGCGUGUUCGGUGCAGAAGCGCGCCCUCCUCGACAAGAUGAUCGGCCUGCAGAUUCUGAAGAACUCGGCGGCGGAGGUGCAGGCCUGGAUGACCGGCUACGUUCGCCCGCUGCUCGCCUACGAUCCAACGACGGCGGCCGUCUCGCCGAAGGAGCUGCUGCUCAACCUCGAUUCAGUCAGCAAGGAGCACCACGACCUGCUGCAGGAGAUGGACGGCAAGGCGAACGAUGUCAAGGACCUGCAGACGCUCAGUGCCAAACUGGCGCGCCAGAUUCCCGCAGAAGAGGUGGCCGCUGUGGAGCGCCUAGCUGAAGACUAUCAGGCGCUCUACAAGGACUGGGCGGAGAAGGAGGCCUUCCUCAAGCAGUGCCGCGAUCUGGUGGUCUUCAACCAGGAAGCGGAUCACCUGGAGACGAUCAUCAACUCGCACCUCGCCUUCCUCGACCUGGACAACCUGGGCAGCAAUGUGCACGACGUGGCUUCGCUGGCCAAGCAGCACGACACCUUUAUGGCGACGCUCAACGCCCAGGACCAGCGAGUGCACAACUUUGACGACUUUGGCGAGAAGCUGGCGCAGAGCGGCCACUUUGACAAGGCGAACAUUGAACAGCGCAGACGACACGUCUCUAAACGGAGGAAGGACCUGAAAGAGCGCGCCUUUAAUCGCGGAAAACUGCUGCGAGAGGCGAAGAUCUACCAGGAAAUCAAAGCGGACGCGGACGAGUUUCUCGGGUGGUGCGCCGCCAAGGCGAAGCUGCUCGUAGACGACGAAGGUGAGGAGCUGGUGAAGAAGGGACCGGUUAACGCCAAAUCGAACAUGGAGCGAAAGCUAAAGCGACACCAGGCCGUGGAGGCGGAGGUUCGCGCCAACAAGAGCCUGCUGGACCGAAUCACUCGAACCAUUGCCGAGGUGAACAAGAGCGGCGAGACGGGCUACGCUUCGAGCGAGCUGGCGGCCAUUGGCGAUCAGGUGCAGCAGCAGUGGGAGAAGCUGGUGGCAGCGGUGGAGAACCGAGGCCGCCUCUUUGAGCAGGCGGCCAUUCAGAUUGAGCACGCCAAGUCGCUGGAAGUCGUUCAGGAGCGAGUCAGCGAGCUGACGAAGGCUGUGAUCCAUUCGGAGGACUACGGGAGCAGUCGACGCAGCUGUCGCGAGCUGAUGGCCCAGUGCAAGGCGGCGGAAAAUGAGCUGAACCUGCUGACCGGACGACUGUCCUCACUGGACGACCGUGGCCAGCGCAUCGCCGAGGACGGCCAUUUCAACUCUGAGGCGAUUCUGGGCAGUGGCGAGCAGCUGACGGAGACGAUUGCCGCCCUGAAGAAGCCCCUCGCCGAGCGAAGGCGGCGCCUCGAGGAGGCCAACCAGUACUACCAGUUUGAGUUUGACGUCAACGGCGAGCUGCAGUGGAUCAGGGAGCACCUGGCGCUGGCCACCUCUGCCGACGUGCCGCAGAAUUUAACCGAGGCGCAGAAUGCCAUCAAGAAGUUUGAGCAGAACUUUGUGCGCGAGGUGGAGGGCCACGAGAGCUGCAUCCGACGAGUGAUUGCCAGCGGAGAGCAGCUGAUGUCGGCGAAGAAGGAGAAUGAAGAAGAAAGUGGGGAUCAGACUGACGGAAAGCAGCAGCAGCAACAGCACCUGCAGGCGCCACUCUCCCGAGCGGGCAAUAUUGGCGAGAAGACCGCCGAGCUGGAGGCGGCCUGGGCGCAGCUGCAGGAGGAGACCGGCCGCCGCCACCAGGCGCUCAAGGCCGCCCUCAGUGUGCAGCAGUUUCUCGCCGAGUGCGCCGAGAUUGAGCAGUGGACGGCGGAGAAGCUGAACGUCCUCCACGGCGCCAUCUUUGGCAACGACGAGAUCACGGUGGUGAAGCUGCUACAGAAGCAGAAGACCGCCGACCUGGAGAUUGACACCUACUCGGGUCUGGCCGAGGAGCUCGCUCGACAGGUGGAGAAGUUGGUCGCUGAAAAUGAGGGACAGCCGAUGAUCAGCGAGGCGGACCAGAAGCUGUAUCGCAGCCGCGUGCACGACCUUCAGGUUGAGAUGAAGCGCCUCAAAAAGCAGAACCACGAGCGCAGCAUGGCGCUGAUUGAGCUGAAGAAGCUGCACGAGUUUCACCGCGAGUCCACCGACUUUCUCGCGUGGGUCGCCGCGCAGAAGCAGGCGCUGCUCAACGAGGACUACGGCCGCGACCACGAGCACUGCGUUCUCCUGCAGGCCAAGUUCUUUGACCUGAAGCGAGCCAUUCUGUCCUCCGAGGAGCGGUACAACGCCUGCGGCGAGUUUGCCGCCAGCCUCUCCAAGUCCGACGACGACAGUCGCGAGGUGGGCAAGCGCAUGGACGAGGUGACCGACGCCUGGAACGAGCUGGUGAAGAUUCUCAACAUCAAGGAGCAGAACUUUCUGGCCGCCGUCAAGAUUCACCGUUUCAACCGCGACGUGGCCGACGCCUUUGAGCGCAUCAAGGAGAAGGGCACGGCGCUGGCCGAAGCGGACCUGGGCCGAGACACGCACUCCGUUCAGGCGCUCAUUCGCCGUCACGACCUCUUUGAAAACGACCUCGUUGUGCUGGAGGCGCAGCUGCAGGUGAUGAUCAACGACAGCGUCAAGCUGCAGGCCGCCUACCCGGGCGGCAAUGCAAAGAACAUCAGCGAGCAGCUGACCAUUGUCGUGGAGCACUGGGAGGGCCUCAAGGAGAAGAGCCGUCGUCGGCGAGAGGGUCUCUUUGACGCCGAGCUGUACUACCGCUUCCUAGCGGCCGUCCGCCGCCUCGAGCAGUGGGCGCUGAAUCUGCUCUCCGAGCUGAAGACGCUGGAGACGGUUCGAGAUAUUCAGAGCUCACAGGCGCUUAAGGUGGCUCACGAACGGCUCAAGGCGGAGAUUGACGGCCGCGAAGAGGAGUUUAGUGCCGUGGUGGCGGAGGCGAACAGUCUCACCUCGAAGACCUUCUACCCUGAGGUGAAGGGCCACACUGAACGCCUGCUGGCCACCCGAGGACAGCUGCACACCGCCUGGCAGGUGAAGAACGUCUACCUUGACCAGCUGAUUGACCUGAACUGCUUCCUGCGAGACGUCAAGCAGCUGGAUCAUCUCUGUCAGCAGGCCCAGAACCGGCUCACCUCUGCCCACGACUUUGGGCAGACGGUGGAAGAGGUGGACGCCGGCCUGCGCAAAUUCGACGACUUUAUCCGCGUCUUUGAGUCGCAGGAGGGCAAGUUUCGCAGCGUGGAGGAGUGCGGCGGACGGCUGGUGGCGAAGCAGCACUUUGACGCAGAGACCAUUCAAGUUCGGCUCGGAGAGCUGCUCGCUCGCCGCCAGAAGCUGGCCGCCCUCAUCACCGAGCGGCGAGAGGAGCUCGCCGAUGCGCUGAUUGCCGUCCAGUUCAAGCGAGACGUCCUCGAGACUGAGGGCUGGAUCGACGAGAAGCAGGCGGCGAUGGAGAAGGAGCGACACUUUGCCGCCACCAGUCCUGACCAGCAGAACAUUGAGGCGAAGAUGAAGAAGCUGCAGAAGCACCAGACCUUUGAGGCGGAGAUCAACGCCAAUGCCUCUCGAAUCACUGAGAUUCAGGCCAAGGCCGGCCAUCUGAUUAAAAAGAACCAUCCCUCGUCGAUUGAGAUUCGCAGCCAGCGAGACACGCUGCUGAGAAAGUGGGAUCGCCUAGUAGGCCUCUCGCGAGAAACGCUGCAAGGCUUCGAAGAGGCCAAGGACAUCUACGAGUUUAACCGCGACAUUGGCGCCAUUGAGGCGUGGAUCCGCGAAAAGCGGGCAAUGCUGCAGUUCAACGAGACCGGUGAGGACUUUGAGCACUGUCAGUCGCUGCUGCGCAAGCUCGACGACGUCGGCACAGACAUGAAGGUGGACGAGAAUCGCAUACUGCACCUGAACAACCUCGCCAAUAAGCUGAUUCACCAGUGCAGCGCCAAUGAGUUCUUCAGCGAGGAGACAGUUAACGGACAGCGAAACAGUCUGAAUGAAAACUGGGCGCAGCUGCAGGCGCGCAUCGCCGAGUACCGCAGUCGACUGGUGGUCGCCCUGGAG